GCUAGAGUAGUUGCAGAGUUGCGCCACACUGUGUCACGCAUGCUGGAAGAUUCGAAUGGUUCCGUAAUUGCGAAGAAAUCAGAUGAAACAUGGCGCUUAUUUCCACGAGAGUUAUCUGUAAUUCCGUGCUGAGACACAGCUUAAAACGGAUUAUUCUCACACGACAGUUGCCAAAAUGUCAACGUCGCAAUCAAUUGGGUCAGUUGUUUCUUCCUACUGUCACAAGCCAGAGAUUUUAUGCAGAAAAGAAAGUAUUUACUCGUGACAAACCACAUUGCAAUGUAGGUACUAUUGGUCAUGUAGAUCACGGCAAAACAACACUUACAGCAGCUAUCACCAAAGUAUUGUCUGAGAAGGCAUUGGCAAAAGCAAAACAAUACAGCGAAAUUGACAAUGCUCCUGAAGAAAAGGCUCGUGGUAUUACUAUCAAUGUCGCACACAUUGAAUAUCAAACAGAAAAUCGUCAUUAUGGACACACCGAUUGUCCGGGUCAUGCCGAUUACAUUAAAAACAUGAUCACGGGAACGGCGCAAAUGGACGGUGCUAUAUUGGUCGUUGCUGCUACAGAUGGCACAAUGCCACAAACUAGAGAACACUUGCUGCUUGCUAAACAAAUUGGUAUUGAGCAUCUUGUCAUAUUCAUCAACAAGGUUGAUGCCGCUGAUACAGAAAUGGUGGAGUUAGUGGAAAUGGAAAUACGAGAGUUGCUUACCGAAAUGGGUUACGACGGCGACAAUAUUCCAGUAGUAAAAGGUAGCGCGCUCUGCGCACUUGAAGGAAAGAAUCCCGAAAUAGGCGCACAGGCUAUUCUAAAAUUGUUGGAAACGGUGGAUCAACAUAUUCCAACACCCGUGAGGGAGCUGGAUAAACCAUUUUUGCUCCCGGUGGAAAACGUAUAUUCUAUUCCUGGACGAGGUACCGUGGUUACCGGUAGAUUGGAGCGUGGGAAACUGAAGAAGGGACAGGAUUGCGAAUUCAUCGGUUACAACAAAGUUUACAAAAGUGUGAUUACGGGCAUCGAGAUGUUCCAUCAGAUAUUAGAAGAGGCUCACGCCGGAGAUCAGUUGGGUGCUCUGGUGAGAGGUUUGAAGAGGGACGACAUCAGAAGAGGCAUGGUGAUGUGCAAACCCGGCACUAUGAAAGCGUACGAUCAUGUAGAAGCACAGGUAUACAUGUUGACUCCGGAAGAAGGCGGCAAAAAGAAGCCUCUCGCAAGUUUGACGCAGUUACAAAUGUUUUCGAGAACGUGGGAUAUCGCAGCGCAGUGUACAAUAUCAGGGAAAGACUUGGCAAUGCCAGGAGAAGACAGCACAUUGAUAUUAAAACUGAUAAGACCAAUGGUGUUGGAGAAAGGUCAACGUUUCACAUUACGAGACGGAGCGAUAACUCUGGGAACCGGCGUUAUCACCACCACUUUGAAAUCCCUUACAGAUAACGAACGAGCGUUACUUCUCGAAGGCAAAAAAGCCUUAAUGAAGAAAGAGAAAGAGAAGGAAAAGAAAAAACAUAAACAGUAAAGCAUCCAGAGAUUUGGUACAAAAAUAUUUACAAAAACAAAGAUCCGUAUUAUCAGUCGAGUCUCGAAAACACGAAACUUUCAAAUCAUUCAUUCUCCUAAUUUGAAAGUUUGUACGAAGUGUCUUCGACGUAAAGUUUAUGCAAUAAUAAAAAACAAACAUGUAAAUCAAUUACGUAAUUUAAAAAAAUGCAUUUUUAUCAUAUACCACGGAUUAUUACUCUUGUAAUUGGAUUUGUAUUUUUAUCUUCAGUUUUCACGCGUCUGUAUUGAAGUACGCUUGUUAGAUUUUCAGACAGUUGAUACACAUGUUACAUAUGACGCGUUUGUCUUGGAUGCAUACGCGCUUCAGGCGUCAGUCUACCUUUACUACUUUUGUACAAGAUGGACUGACGCGUUCGCAAAGUGCGUGAGCACCCGUAAUAACAAAACUACUAUGUGUAUGACAAUUAAUACCAAAUAGAAUAUUGUAGCUGUGAAAACAGUUUGAUAAUUUAUUAAAGUUCUCAGUUCGAUACAAUCCUUCUUCAAGCAAGAUGACGAGAUAUUAUUAAAAGUACAAGGAUCGGAUGUACAUGUUUGCAGUAUCAUUUCCUGUGAUUCCUGUUUCGUGUUAGAAAUGCAGCGGUGUAAAAUCUAACAUCUGCCAUUUUUGUUUGUGGGAUUAAUCUUGAUUAAAUUACAAGAGGGAUUUCGAAAACAAAAAAUCGAUGAGUUUCGUUAGCAAAACGAAUAUUCUUAUAUACAGAAAAAAGCACUGUUCGUGUGAAACAUUUGAAAAAAAAAAAAAAAAAAAAA